UUACCUGCAUUGUGUAUAGAUCAAUAUCCCACAGUAUGCUAUUUACUUUGUUCUCAAGAGAUUACAUUUUAUUAUAUGUUCUUGGAAUAUGCAUGCUUCUAUGUGCUUACAUUUAAUAUAGUACUGCAGGCCUACCAUGGAGCUCUUGCAUUUUCUACUCGGAAUCUGCAGACUCGUCUGCACUUCGUUUGAAAUUAAUUUCCGUUGUUUCCCAAUGCAGCUUUGAUCACCAAUGCUUCGUAGUCCAGCUGAUUGUUUUGGCGAGAUGAUUAGAGAUCAAGACCCACCUAAGGUUGUUAUGGGUUAUAUUUGAGGCUUGGUAUUUGCCAAGAUCUCCCUUGUUGGUGGUUAGUGCCUACAUCUUUCAGGUAAAUGUCUCGGAUGUGACCUGGUUUCUUCUUCUAAAAGUGAAGAGGAACAGGGAAUGGAGCUCGUUUGCCACGGUAUGAAUUGUUCAUUGGAAAAAAGGGAAAAAAUUCAAGUGCUUACCGGCAAUAUGGACAACUGACAAAUAAGAAGAUCAACAGUUUGACUACAGCCUUAAGACACAUAAAGAUGUGGUGGGCUCAAUGUCACCCAAAAUAUCUGUUGAAGCAGAUUAUUGAUUAGCUCUGGCUCACACUGGCCAGAAUCCAGAUGCAGCCAACUUAGGCUGUUCUAUCGUCAAGAUGGCAUCAGAUGAUCAUGUCAUGGGAUGAUCAGCUAUUCCCAACCAAACCAAAGCAUCUCCACAACUGUGUUUCGACAAUCAACGUGCGGCCCUGCAGGCGCAGGUGUAGCUAGCUAGCUCGCCGGAAAUGGCAUCCUCGUCGAGCACCAGCAACUCCGCCAUCUCCUCGGUGGUCGCGUCGGCGGUGGCCACGACGACGCCGGGCGCCGGAUCGCCGUGCGCGGCGUGCAAGUUCCUGCGGCGGAAGUGCCUGCCGGGCUGCGUGUUCGCUCCUUACUUCCCGCCGGAGGAGCCGCAGAAGUUCGCCAACGUCCACAAGGUGUUCGGCGCCAGUAACGUCACCAAGCUCCUCAACGAGCUGCUGCCGCACCAGCGGGAGGACGCCGUGAGCUCGCUCGCGUACGAGGCCGAGGCCCGCGUCAAGGACCCCGUCUACGGCUGCGUCGGCGCCAUCUCCGUCCUCCAGCGCCAGGUCCACCGCCUCCAGAAGGAGCUCGACACCGCGCACGCCGAGCUCCUCCGCUACGCCUGCGGCGAGGUCGGCAUCCCCACCGCGCUCCCCGUCACCGCCGCCCCGAGGCUCGCCGCGGCAAUGCCGGCACCAGGCCAGCUCGCCGCCGCCGUCAGUGCCGGGAUGUACGGCGGCGGCCGGAGGCUCGGGGUCAUCGACGGCGGCGGGAUAGCGCCGCCUUCCCCCCACACGGCCGGGUGCUACUACGCCCGCAACAACAACGCCGGGAGCAUCGGCGCUGACGUGGCGCCCGUCCUACCUUACGCUUCCGUGGCUAAUUGGACAGUGAACGCCAUUAGCACCACCACCACCAACUCAGGAUCAGAGAGCAUUGGGAUGGAUCACAAGGAAGGAGGAGACAGCAGCAUGUGAAUUGAAGCGCGGCAAAUAAUGUGGAGAUCUGCGCUUUGGCCUUGAUGAGAGAGGAUCGGAGAGGCUUCAGGAAGAUGGCAGCCCAUUCAUCCCAGGUUAAUUAAGAGUUAAGAAGCAACCUAUCUAUCUAUCUAUAUAUAGCCAGCAUGAAUUAUAUAUAUCAUCUCCCCGUCCCUUUUUGCAUGUUGUGCAAAACCAUACUUUGGAGUUCUAUAUGUAAUCGAAUCGAGAUCUUGAUCUCUCGUCUUUUCAUGAUUAAUUCGCGUUUUUCGCAGGAUCCAUCAGUCAUUAGUACGUAGCAUGCUUUGUGAUCAGAAAAUAACCACCUUUAGGCCGAUUAAACAAUGCACCGAACACAUCUAUCGAUAGGUGAAAAGAUCCUGCGGCUUGCAUGCAUGCAUGAGUACCAAGCUAGCUAACUUGGUUGGGCUAAUUAAAGGCUACAUGAUCUGCAUCUUAUAUCAUAUGUCAUAGGCACCAGUGGCCUAUAUGUUUGCAUAUAUGCUCCAGAUAUACACCAUCUUGAGAUGCUUAAUAGUCUUGGGGGAAAGAUUAAAACAGUUGUUUAUUGAGAGCAUCACAUCGUUUGGUUUGAAGACAUUCUUCGCUUCUAUAUAUGUUAUAGUAAACUGUAAAGGUAGGAAAAAAGCAGUAUUCCCGUCACUAUUCUUAUAGGCCCCAUCUUUUUAUGGAUCUCACUGUGGUGCAUUGUACAUGUAUCAUGUAUUUAUUCUAUCAUCUAGAAUUCUCCUCUUUGGAAUUAAUUGCCUUUUUCACUCCCUUGAAGACUUAGUUUGGUUAAUUAGCUAUUACUCUAUAUCCCCACCAAAAAAAAUAUAUUACUACUAUAUUCUUAUGUGUGCUUGCCUGCUUAUAUAUAUAUUUGUCAUCUUUUUGUGGUCAAUUUACUGAAUUGUUGUUCAUAGGUAUUGAAUUUUACUCUUAUUGCCUUUCUGUUUUCUUCCUAACCAUCCCCAGUUGGAAUUCCUGGCUGUACAUGAUGCUGUCGUUGAUCUGUUUUGACCACUUGAAUCUACUCUCGAAUUUACCUCUAUUAUUGCAACACCGAAGCUAAGUUUCAAACUUCCUGUUCUCUUUCACAAAAAAAUUGAAACAUCUCAUGGGACGACCUCUCUAUCUUGUAUUUGAACAAAGUGGAGCUCCAUUUGGAAAAAGAAGGUAUAUAUUUUUCCCUUGUUCCAAUCUCUGAACAAUUUCCCUUGAAAUUGUUGCAUUUGUUCCAAAUUUUACUGAAAACUAUGUCCUUUCUUGAUAUGUCAUCAAAAUUUUGUUGCCAUUAAUUUUUGUUUUGAAAGAUAUUCUUUUGCUGUGACAUGAUCUUUCAUUAAACUGCAUCGCACCACAAUCUCAGCUAGAGACUUUUUUUAGUAAGAUGGAAAAUUUAGGGAGACAGGUGUGGAUUCCAUCGUACGUUAAUUGGACCUCAAGUCUCCAGCAUUUUUUUACUUACUUUUAAAAGAUUAAAUAUCAGAAAAUCUCAUAUUUUGUAGGCAAAGUUUAAGAAACCACGGGUAUUAUCCCCAAGUAAGAUUUCUCAAAACUCUACCGCUGUGUGUUGAGCUUAUAUUUACUUAAAAUUUU